AAACCUGCUGUUCCCAAGGGUUGAUGUAAGAAGGGUUAGAACUUAGAACCCUGAAGCCUGUCAUUGUCAUGUGGCUCUUAAACAUUAGCUUCUAACUGCCUCUCCCUCUCUGUACUCCCCACUCGGGCCAGUGGUGACAAGUUGGUGAACUCCACAGCGUCCAUAGCCUCCCGUCGUUGCUGAAGACUCGGGGCCACGGGUUCUGAGCAUCACAGGAUCCCUCGCCCGACGCCUGCCAUCGCUGCAGACCACCACAGCCCACACUGCCCGCCGUCCAGGAGCAUGUGAUUGCUGGCUGCUUGCUGGGGCUUCGCCGUGCCCAGAGGUGAGUCCAGGUCACUAUGGGGGACUCCAAGACUCUCUGCCCUCACCUCGACUCCAUAGGCGAGGUAACCAAGGAGGACUUGCUGCUGAAAUCGAAGGGAACCUGCCAGUCGUGCGGCGUCGCUGGACCAAACCUGUGGGCCUGCCUCCAGGUUGCCUGCCCCUACGUCGGCUGUGGAGAGUCCUUCGCUGACCACAGCACCAUCCACGCACAGACCAAAAAGCACAACUUGACAGUGAACUUGACCACAUUGCGGGUGUGGUGUUACGCCUGUGAGAAGGAGGUGUUCCUGGAACAGCGGCUGGCGGCCCACCCGCCGGCGCCAGCUUCCUCGGCCAAGUUCUCUGAACAGGAUUCUCCCCCGCCCACCCACCCGCUGAAAGCUGUCCCCAUAGCCGUGGCUGAUGAGGGGGAAUCUGAGUCGGAAGACGAUGACCUGAAGCCCCGAGGCCUCACGGGUAUGAAAAACCUUGGCAACUCCUGCUACAUGAAUGCCGCCCUGCAGGCCCUGUCCAACUGCCCUCCGCUGACUCAGUUCUUCCUGGAGUGCGGAGGCCUGGUGCGAACCGACAAGAAGCCAGCCCUGUGCAAAAGCUACCAGAAGCUGGUGUCUGAGGUGUGGCACAGGAAGCGGCCAAGCUACGUGGUCCCCACCAGCCUGUCUCAUGGGAUCAAGUUGGUGAAUCCAAUGUUCCGAGGCUAUGCCCAGCAGGAUACCCAGGAGUUCCUGCGCUGCCUCAUGGACCAGCUGCACGAGGAGCUCAAGGAGCCGGCAGUGGCAACGGCGACAGUGGAGACUCGGGACUCGGACUCAAGCGACACUGACGAGAAGCGGGAGGGCGAUCGGAGCCCUUCCGAGGACGAGUUCCUGUCCUGUGACUCAAGCAGUGACCGGGGUGAGGGUGAUGGGCAGGGGCGUGGCGGGGGCGGCUCGCAGGCCGAGACGGAGCUGCUGAUCCCAGACGAGGCGGGCCGCGCCAUCUCCGAGAAGGAGCGGAUGAAGGACCGGAAGUUCUCCUGGGGCCAGCAGCGCACAAACUCGGAGCAGGUGGAUGAGGACGCGGACGUGGACACAGCCAUGGCCGCCCUCGGGGAGCAGCCCGCAGAGAGCCAGCCACCAUCACCACGCUCCGCCAGCCCCUGCCGGACACCAGAGCCGGACAACGACGCCCAUCUACGCAGCUCCUCUCGUCCCUGCAGCCCCGUCCACCACCGCGAGGGUCACGCCAAGCUGUCCAACAGCCCUCCUCGUGCCAGCCCCGUGAGGAUGGGGCCAUCCUACGUGCUCAAGAAAGCCCAGGUGCUGAGCGCCGGCAGCCGGAGGCGGCGGGAGCAGUGCUACCGUAGUGUCAUCUCGGACAUCUUCGAUGGCUCCAUCCUCAGCCUCGUGCAGUGCCUCACCUGUGACCGGGUGUCCACCACGGUGGAGACGUUCCAGGAUCUCUCGCUGCCCAUUCCCGGGAAGGAGGACCUGGCCAGGCUGCACUCGGCCAUCUACCAGAACACGCCAGCCAAGCAGGGCGCCUGCGGGGACAGCUAUACCGCCCAGGGCUGGCUGGCCUUCAUCGUGGAGUACAUCCGACGGUUUUUGGUGUCCUGCACCCCCAGCUGGUUCUGGGGGCCCGUUGUCACCUUGGAAGACUGCCUUGCCGCCUUUUUCGCUGCUGAUGAGCUCAAGGGUGACAAUAUGUACAGCUGUGAACGGUGUAAGAAGUUGCGGAAUGGAGUGAAGUACUGCCAAGUCCUCCGGCUGCCCGAGAUCCUGUGCAUCCACCUGAAGCGCUUCCGGCACGAGGUCAUGUACUCCUUCAAGAUCAGCAGCCACGUCUCCUUCCCCCUCGAAGGACUCGACCUGCGCCCCUUCCUGGCCAAGGAGUGCACGUCACAGAUCACCACCUACGACCUCCUCUCCGUCAUCUGCCACCACGGCACAGCAGGCAGUGGGCACUACAUCGCCUAUUGCCAGAACGUCAUCAACGGGCAGUGGUAUGAGUUCGAUGACCAGUACGUCACCGAGGUCCACGAGACGGUGGUACAGAACGCAGAGGCCUAUGUCCUUUUCUACAGGAAGAGCAGUGAGGAGGCUGUGCGGGAGCGACAGCAGGUGGUGUCCCUGGCUGCCCUGCGGGAGCCCAGCCUGUUGCGCUUCUACGUCUCCCGCGAGUGGUUAAACAAGUUCAACACCUUCGCUGAGCCAGGGCCCAUCACGAACCACACUUUCCUCUGUUCUCACGGAGGUAUCCCACCCAAUAAAUACCACUACAUCGACCACCUGGUUGUCAUCCUGCCCCAGAAUGUCUGGGAGCACCUGUACAACAGGUUUGGGGGUGGCCCCGCCGUGAACCAUCUGUACGUGUGCUCCAUCUGCCAGGUGGAGGUGGAGGCGCUGGCCAAGCGCCGGAAGGUGGAGAUUGACACCUUCAUCAAGCUGAACAAGGCGUUCCAGGCCGAGGAGUCACCCAGUGUCCUCUACUGCAUCAGCAUGCAGUGGUUUCGUGAAUGGGAGGCCUUCGUCAAGGGCAAGGACAAUGAGCCCCCUGGGCCCAUCGACAACAGCCGCAUCGCACAGGCCAAGGGCGGGGGCCACGUGCAGUUGAAGCAGGGGGCUGACUACGGACAGAUAUCCGAGGAGACAUGGACCUACCUGAGCAGCCUGUACGGCGGUGGGCCCGAGAUCGCCAUCCGCCAGAGCGUGGGUCAGCUCCAGGAGCCUGACAGCCUGCACGGGGAGCACAAGAUCCAAGCCGAGACGCGCGCUGUGUGACUCCGCAGGCCAGUCUGCCCGUGUCUGCCCCUCCCUGUGGAGGGCACCGCAGAGCCGGAUGUGUGCCGAGGCAGUGCUGGUGUGUUCACGGCGAGCAGUGCUCCACCAAGGAAAUAGAUGCCCUCCAGGCUUGUUUCAACGACCAAGACUCUGUGACGUUCGUUCAGCAUCAGUCACUGUUGCCCUGUGUUCCCAAACCUGGCCACCCCCGGCUAGAUGGGGCACAG